CGGCGAAACCGCACUGACGCGGAAACGCAGCGAACGUCACUUCGGUCUGUCAGACGUGUGACAUGGGAGGUUAUCUGAACCCUGCGUGACAAAAUUUCGCCGAUCUCGCGUAUAUGGAACAUUUAUGCAUUCUGCAGACGCACAGGAAAUUCCGAUAGCAUGACGGUCAGGACGCUUUUACGUUUGGGCGACGCGACGAACAGAUGUGUCUUUACAACUGCGCAAUACUACAGGCCCAAAAUGCAAGUACUACAGUACAGACAAAUAAGAAACUUAAAGAGACAGCAGAUCUCCUUCAAACCAGAGUCUCCUUUUCCUAAUAUUCAUAUCGAGACUGGAACUAUACAGCCUGCGAAACUGUGGAAACAUUUUGGUUUCACCGUCAUGUUUACUGGAGCCUCCAUAGUGGGUGCUGCAAUUUGGGAGUAUGAACGCAUCAGAAGGCAGACGUACAGAUUAAUUCAUCGUUAUAGACAGUUUCGAGUUAACCGAUCAGGAUGGAGAGGCGAAAUGGAGACGUGGUGGCGGAACUUGACCGAAGGACAGAAAAUGUUUGCACCUAUAUGUUUUAUAAACGCGGUUAUAUUCCUGGCUUGGCGAGUGCCGGCAUUGCAGAAAACAAUGGUGCGCUAUUUUUGCGCCAAUCCAGCUUCUAGUGUGUCGUGCUGGUCUAUGGUGCUCUCCACCUUUUCACAUUACUCCAUAUUCCAUCUGGCUGCGAACAUGUACGUGCUGCACAGCUUCAGCACGAUAGCUGUAUCAACAUUAGGGAAGGAACAAUUUUUGGCUCUGUAUUUAUCAAGUGGAGUGAUUUCCAGCUUCGCUAGUCACGUGUACAAAACUGUGUUUAAAGUGCCAGGCCUUUCUCUAGGAGCGUCAGGAGCGAUUAUGGGUGUUCUCGGAUUUGUCUGCACACAAUAUCCUGAUAUACGACUCAAUAUCAUUUUCCUUCCUAUGUUCACAUUUACAGCAGGCAUGGCAAUCAAAGGAAUAAUGAUCUUGGAUACUGUUGGCUGCAUCUUAGGAUGGAAAUAUUUUGAUCAUGCUGCACAUUUGGGUGGCGCGUUAUUUGGAAUAUUCUGGCAAAUGUGGGGCAACGCUAAUAUUUGGCAAAAACGGGAGCCCCUUCUAACUUUCUGGCAUGGAUUCCGAGAACCUCGAAGGUCACAAUGAUAUUUUCUCUUUUUCUAAAUUUAAAUUUUGUAAAUUUAUUAUAUUGUUUAUGGUAAAAUAAUAUUUUACACAGAUUGUAAAAUUUUAAUUAUCGUGCAAAGAUUUGCUUAAAAAAAAUUAUGCUAUAUCUGAUAUAUAUAUUUUUAUUAUUAUUUAUAGUUUUUUUUUUACAUGUGUGAUAAAAUAUUAAUUCACCAUUCCUUGAAGAAACAAUAUGAAAGAUAUAGAAGUUAUAUUAAUAUCAUCCAUGCAAUGUUUUGUUAACUCGUUUGAUAAUUACAAAUAUUUUUUUAAGUAUCUUAAAUUUAUUUCAAUAUCUCGAUUAUAUAUAAGCAUAAAAAAUAAACUUUGUAAAAAUGUAAAUUAUAAUUAUCAAAUUGCCAAGGUUUUUACAAUGGAACAGUAAUCUUGGACUCAAACCUUUAACUUUUAAGAUAUUUCAUAUGAUGCUUGAAGUGAUCUUCAAUAAAUGUGGUUAUAAAGAAA